UAUGGAAAUAUUUACAAAAUUGAGAUUCGUUUAAUUAUAUACUUUUUCGGAAUGGGAGAGAUAGGUAGGUCAGGUCGCCCAUAGGCGAGACGACGAGCAACGCCGGAUCAUUGUCUCCUCCUAGGUUUCUGCUCAGAUCGAUUUCCCGAUUCGUUUCUUGCCAAUUCGAGCACCAGGGCGGGCGUUACGCACCUGGCGCUCCUGGGGCGCAUCUCCCUGUCGUUCCUCUCGAUCAUCUGCAAAAAGCUGAGCAAUUUGAAUCAGAAAUAGAAAGAGCAUGGGGGAUGUGUUAGCAUGGCUGCUCUUCUUCUUCAUACUCAUUGCUCUUCUCGUCAUGAUCGUUUUCCAGCUCAUGUGCUUGGCGGAUCUAGAGUUUGAUUACAUUAAUCCUUACGAUUCUGCUUCGCGAAUAAAUAAAGUGGUUUUGCCUGAAUUCAUCACGCAAGGAAUUCUAUGCCUCCUGUUCCUUGUGACAGGGCAUUGGGUUAUGUCCCUUCUUUGUGUUCCAUACCUGUACUACAAUGUGAAUCUGUACCUUCGAAGACAGCACUUUGUAGAUGUAACUGAGAUCUUCAACUUGCUCAACUGGGAAAAGAAGCAGAGACUCUUCAAACUUGGUUAUAUUAUACUUCUACUCUUCAUGUGCUUGUUCUGGUUGAUUUACAAUGCACUCGAAGAUGAUGAAGAGCAUCACUUUUAGUUUCAGUCAAGUACCAUUCAAGUGCUGCCAGCUGCUGUCAACAUUGCAUUGGAUGAAUUGCUUCAAUGGCUCUUGGAAUUGCUCUUAUUUCAUUGUAAUUUAACCUUUUGAUAGUUUGUUAAGAAAGUAGGCUCCUUUGAUCCGGUGGAACCUGUGAAUUCUUGCACGGGGCCUAUUUCAUUCAGUUACAUUUCUGUUGCAUUUUUGCCACACUUCGCAGCGAUGUUGUAACUUUAUCACUUCAAUUUCUAUUGAAUUUUGCCACACCAUGCA